AUGAGUAGUGUUGAAGAAGAUGAGCGGCGCAAGGAAGAAGCAAGGCAGGUGUGCUUCUGCAAACGCCGCGCCAGCCUCUUCAAGAAGGCCAACGAGCUCUCCCUCCUCUGCGGCGCCCAACUCGCCGUCGUCGUCUUCUCCCCUAGCGGUAAGCCCUUCUCCUACGGCCACCCCUCCGUCGACUCCAUCCUCGACCGCUUCUCUUUCCAGCCUUCUCCUCCUCCUAGCUGCCUUCUGCCACCGCACCCGUUCGUCCACCCCGUGAUUCACGCGCUCUGCCGCCAGGAGUCGGAGCUUAGGGAGCAACUCGAGGCGGAGAGGAGGAGGAAGGUGGCACUCGAAGAGGUGCUGCGGCGGCCUCGGGGCCCUGUGGCGGACCUGUUGAACGAGGAUCUGGAGGAGCUGGGCCUUCCGGAGCUUGAUAAGUUGCGGAUAGCGCUGGUGCAAAUACGAGCGGAGGCGGUUAGCAGAGCGGAGCAACUGGGCAUGGAGACUUUACAGGCUACGAGUACGUCUGUAGUUCCCAGAAUCAGCUCAAACGCCGGUGCAUUGGUUGCCGCCGCCCCGGCGGCAGGGAGCGCGGGGGCUCCAACGGAUUUUGCCUACAUGCCGCCCUACGUCUAUCGCUUGGUCUAG